CCGAAAGCGGACAUUCUGAGGACAAACCUGUACCUAAACCGACAGAUUGUAAACCAACCGACGCAUGCAUUGCUAACGGUGGCUAUUGCAUCAAAAAUACCACGAAAAAAGACUGCGACGGCCUCCUGUUCCCAAAUGAGUGCAGAUCUGACCUCUGCUCCUGCUGUGUACAAGUGAAAAAGAACGAAUGCGCAGCAGGGACAGACACCUGCCCCGCCAACUCAGAAUGUCAGGACAAAGAAGCAGGAUAUGAAUGUGCUUGCAACGCAGGCUUUGAGCAAUGCGGAGAUAUAAAUGAAUGUGACAGCUAUCCAUGUGGUCCAAACAUGCGGUGCCAAAAUACACAUGGAAGCUAUGAAUGUAUCUGCAACGCUGGAUUCGAGAAAGUCAACGGUACUUGUGUUGACAUCAACGAAUGUACUAAUACUACGAAUCCCUGUGGACCCAACAGUGUCUGCUCCAAUAGUCCCCCCGGAAGUUUCAGCUGCAAAUGCAAUGCGGGAUUCGUUUUCUGUAAUGGCACUUGUGUGGAUACCAAUGAGUGCGACAGCAAUCCCUGCCCUGCUAACACCCUUUGUCAGAACACGGACGGGAGCUACCAAUGUAUUUGUCCAACAGGAUUCACCAACCAGACCGGCUCUUGCGUUGAUGUCAAUGAGUGCAAUUCCAGCCCUUCUCCCUGUACGGACCUUGAGAAGUGCAUCAAUACUCCUGGAAAUUAUUCCUGCGUCUGUCAGAAAUGUUCACGAUAUAAUCCUCAGAAAACCACAAUCCACGAACUGUCAUCCAUAGACUGCCAUAUUAUCACUGGUGAAUAUAACCUCAUAGAAUAUACCGCCUCAUCAGAAAACCGUAAAACCACAAUGUACCAGCACCACCCCCAAGAGCCAUAA